AUGUCUAGACUAAUAUUGAAUAAGACAGGGAAUUUCUCCCAACUAAAUUUCUUUUUCAACAAUGGGAGAUUCUUGAUCAAUAAGAGCUUUUUGAGCAAUCAUUUCUUGAAUAAAAACAUCAAGAGAUCGUUCAAAUCAAAUAACAAUGAAGAACCAAACGUUUCGAAGGUAAUAUCUUGUCAAGACACAGAAAAAAUACCUUUCAAAGUGAUACCAAAGACGAAUAAUAACACCAAAACCCCUGAUUUAAAAGCGAUAGAUUCAGCUUCUAUCGGAUACCAAUCAUCUGCCUUGAGAGCAUUAAUAAAACCAUACAUCAAAUUAACUAAACCCAAUCUAACCAUAUUAGUGACAUUGAGUUCCAUAUGCUCUUAUGCAUUGUCACCUUAUUCAGUUUCCGUUCAUGAAUUGAUGUUCUUAAGCAUGGGUACUGCUUUGUGCUCUGGUUCAGCAAAUGCUAUCAAUAUGGGAAGAGAACCUGAAUUCGAUAGGAAAAUGGUAAGAACUAGUACCAGACCCGUUGUUCUCGGUAAAGUGACCUCACAAAAUGCUUAUCUAUUUGCAGCUAUAACAGGGAGUUUGGGGUGUGUGAUGUUGUACUAUGGGGUGAAUCCAAUUGUUAGUUUAUUGGGAUUCUUGAAUAUUAUUCUUUAUGCUUGGAUUUAUACCUCAUUGAAGAGAAUAUCUAUCAUUAAUACAUGGGUAGGUGCUGUUGUGGGUGCUAUUCCUCCAUUAAUGGGAUGGGCCGCAUCUUCUUCGUUAUUACAUCCAGGGGCUUGGUGUUUAGCUGGUUUACUUUACGCCUGGCAAUUUCCUCAUUUUAAUGCUUUGUCUCAUAACAUAGCUUCACAGUACAAGAAUGCUGGGUAUAUUAUGACAGCGGCUGAAAAUCCUAAAUUAAAUGCAAGAGUUGCUUUAAGAUAUUCCAUUUUGAUGUUCCCCUUAUGUUUCGGAUUAAGUUAUUUCGACGUCACUGAUUGGGUGUUUCAAUUCGAUUCUGCUCUACUCAAUGGUUGGCUAGCUGUGUUAUCCUAUAAAUUCUGGAAACAGCAGAAAAUAAAUUAUCUGAGUUCCACUCCCUCUGUAGAAGGAAUCAAUAUAGCCAAUGCUACAGCAAGAAAAUUGUUCUGGGCUUCAGUAUACCAAUUGCCUGGAAUAUUGAUCUUAGCGAUGUUACAUAAAAAAGGACAAUGGGAAAGGUUACUUCAUUAUACCGGUAUAAAACAGUCAGCAUUCAAUUAA